UCCAAAUUUAGGCUCCUAAAAGCCUUUAAGACACCCGUCGACAGCCGAACGGUAGUUUUCCACAUUUUUUCUAUUUCUGUUAUCAUAUUUUACAAUUUUUCAUGCAAUUCUUACAUCACAGACUUUUCUCAAUGGGUGAUGAGAAGGCAGUCUAUAAUCGUCUGCAAAAUGGCCGAAAACCACGACGUGGAUUUUUAACCAAUGAGCUUCAAGAACGUCACGUGCGUCGAAACAACAAGCUGGGAAACGAACACGGAUAUUUACGAGAAAGUCUAGAAUCACAAACUCGACCUUGCUAUCUAAAUCGGAUAGCACGAGUCGGGAAAAAUGAGCAGAUAUACAAUAUUUGGCUUGUGUUUGGGUUUGAUUUUUUUUGUUUCGUGGCAUUCAGUGGUUGCAUCUGAAGAGGCUCGUACUUUGAGUGUACCGGAGUCUUUACUUUUCAUAUCAACAUUGGAUGGGACAAUGCAUGCAGUGAAGAAACAGACUGGCGAUGUUAGGUGGUCGCUUAAAGAAGAUGCUGUAAUACAGACACCAGUACUUCUUCGCCCAGGUGCAAUUUUCAUUCCUGAUCCAAAAGAUGGUAGUUUAUAUGGCUUUGGUAGCGCUCAUGAUGGUCUCAAGAAACUGCCAUUCACGAUACCUGAGUUGGUGCGUGCAUCUCCUUGUCGAAGCUCUGAUGGAAUUCUUUACACAGGUCGUAAAACAGAUGUUUGGUAUGCUAUUGACCUGGACACUGGAAUUAAACAACAAACUUUAAAGCUGGAUGGAACAGAAACUGUCUGCCCCAUUAUGUCCAACAAGAAGGCUCCAGUAUUUCUUGGCAGAACAGAAUAUAUGAUAACCAUGUAUGACAGCAAAACCAGAGAAAAAAGAUGGAAUGCUACAUUUCAUGAUUAUUCUUCACAUCUUGCUCAAGAUGUUGACUAUGACCUUCAUCAUAUGUGUUCAAGUUCUGAUGGUUUUAUGGUUACUAUGGAUGAAUCAACAGGGGAAAUUUUGUGGACCAAGAAUUAUGGCUCCCCUGUAGUGGGAAUUUACAGAAUGGACAAUGAAGCCCUGCUUAAAGUUAAAGUUAAUCACAUAGCUAAAGAGACAUUGAAACAUCUCAUUGGGGCAAACACUUCAAGCUCUUCACACCAAAACACUUUCCUUGGAGAUCGUGGAGAAAUUGUUUUGCAGCCAACAUUGUACAUUGGGGAACAUGCUGGAGGAUUGUAUGCUCUUCCAUCACUGAUAGAAGAAGGAUCGCCAUUGGUUGAGGCCAAAGUUUUACUAAUUGAAGGCCCAAGAUCAGGCCUUCCUAAAACAGGUAAUCCAACCAAGUCCAGUGAUGCAGUAUCUGCCAGAGAGCAUUCUGCAAACACUUCCCCUCCAGUGCGGCGGCCUAUACAGCAGCCCAAAGUGUUAGAACCCAAAGCUGCAUUGCUUCUGGGACAUCAUCAAGUUCCUCUUGUUGCCAAUCCCCAGUUGCAUAUCACUCACAUUCCUGAUAAACUGAUGCCUAUGUACAUGCAUCAUCAUCAUCUACACAACAUGAAGAUGGCACCAAAGAGAAUUGAAAAGACAACUACGAAAGAGGAAGAUAGACGACAACAACAAGAGAUGUUCGAGAUGAUGAAAAUUCACCAGCGACUGCUAUACACCAUUAUAGCCACCAUUGGGAUCCCUGUGGUCUUACUAGUUUUGUUUUUUAUUGAGAGGUCAACAAGACAGUCCGCGGUUUCUUCAAGAAGAUCUUCACCCCCAUCAUCGUCAUCUUCGUCAUCCCAAAGAGUCGAUGAGCAAACUUCAGAGCAAUCUCCUGAUAUUUUAAGUAGUUUGGUGUCUGUGGGGAAGAUCUCGUUCUCUCUUAAAAACGUUCUUGGUCGAGGCUGUGAAGGAACAGUUGUGUACAAGGGCAAAUUUGAUGGCCGCGAUGCUGCAGUGAAACGCAUUUUACCUGAAUGUUUCACUUUUGCUGACAGAGAGGUGGAUCUAUUACGUGAAUCAGAUGCCCAUCCAAACGUUAUUAGGUAUUUCUGUACGGAAGAGGAUCAGCAGUUUCGGUAUAUAGCUUUGGAAUUAUGUGAAGCUACCCUUCAAGAGUAUGUGGAAGAUCCGACUUUUGAGCGCCAUGGGUUAACACCAGUAACUGUACUGAAUCAAGCCAUGUCUGGACUCGCCCAUCUUCAUUCUCUUAACAUUGGUAAGAUAGAUAGAUAGAUAGAUAGAUAAUAAUCUUUAGACAGGGUGCAUUCUCACAGAAGUGAUUUUCAGAACGGCCCUGUAACUACCCACCCAACCCACCG